UGAAGUUGUUUGCAUCGAGAAAUAAAACACUCGUUGUUUGUUUACUUUUUUUAAAUCUCUCUUCCUUUUUGGAAGAAGUCAUGACAAACGAUGUUCACAAUUUGCGUGGUUUUAUUUUUCUGCAUGUAAAUUUUUAUACUUACCAAUUGUUGAUAUAAGAGAUCUAAGCAGUCCUUUCCUUUGCAUAAACGCAAUAAGAAUAAGAGUUGUCUCAGCCUUUUUAUCUACUUAACUUAACCUCAGAUUAGCCGGCAUUUAGGUGGUGAUUUGACACUUCUGCAGUUACUUGCAAAAAUUAAAAGUAAUCAAAAUACAUUACAAUUGUAGUUUUUUUGUAAUUUAGUUUGUUUUACGAAUAAUAUUUCAAAAUGGUUGUAAGGACGUUUGAAGAAGAAAUGGGUUAUUUAGAAAAAACGAGCGAAUAUAGUUGGCGAAUUAAAAAAGGUUUUCAACCUAAUAUGAAGGUUGAAGGUGUUUUUUAUGUCAAUAAAAAUUUGGAGAAAUUAUUAAUAGAGGAAUUAAGAAACUCAACCAGACCUGGGUCUGUUGGAGGAUUUUUGCCAGGAGUGAAACAAAUUGCUAAUGUUGCUGCUCUUCCUGGAAUAGUUGGAAAAUCCGUUGGCUUGCCAGAUAUCCACUCUGGAUAUGGCUUUGCAAUUGGUAAUAUGGCUGCAUUCGAUGUUUCUGAUCCAAAGGCUGUAGUAUCACCAGGUGGAGUAGGCUUUGAUAUCAACUGUGGUGUUAGACUUUUAAGAACAAAUUUAUUUGAAAAAGAUGUUCAGCCAGUAAAAGAACAACUAGCUCAGAGCAUGUUUGACCACAUUCCAGUAGGUGUUGGCUCCAAAGGUAUAAUUCCGAUGACUGCUAGAGAUUUAGAAGAAGCAUUAGAAAUGGGAAUGGACUGGUCUCUUAGAGAAGGAUAUGUAUGGGCGGAAGAUAAAGAACAUUGUGAAGAAUAUGGUAGAAUGUUAGAUGCAGACCCUUCAAAAGUUUCUAUGAGAGCAAAAAAACGGGGUUUACCACAAUUAGGCACAUUGGGUGCAGGUAAUCAUUAUGCUGAAAUUCAAGUAGUAGAUGAAAUCUUCAACAAAUCAGCAGCAAGCAAAAUGGGAAUUGAAGCCAAAGGCCAAGUUUGUAUUAUGAUUCACUCAGGAAGCAGAGGUUUUGGACAUCAAGUAGCUACAGAUGCCUUACUAGCAAUGGAAAAGGCUAUGAAAAAACACAAUAUUGAAGUAAAUGACAGACAAUUAGCAUGUGCUCCAAUCAAUCAGUCAGAAGGUCAAGAUUAUUUAAAAUCAAUGGCAGCUGCAGCAAAUUUUGCUUGGGUCAAUCGAAGUUCUAUGACAUUUUUAACUCGUCAAGCAUUUGCUAAACAAUUUAAUAUGUCUCCUGAUGAUUUAGAUAUGCAUGUUAUUUACGAUGUUUCGCAUAAUGUUGCCAAAGUUGAACAACAUAUGGUAGAUGGAAGACCAAAAACUCUAUUGGUACACAGAAAGGGAUCUACGAGAGCUUUUCCGCCCCACCACCCGUCAAUUCCGGUUGAUUAUCAACUUACUGGACAGCCUGUAUUGAUCGGCGGUACCAUGGGCACGUGCAGUUACGUUCUUACCGGAACGGAAGUAGGAAUGAAUGAAACAUUUGGUUCAACAUGCCAUGGAGCAGGACGGUCAUUGUCUAGAGCUAAAUCUAGAAGGAAUUUAGAUUAUCAGGGUGUAUUGGAUAAAAUGGAAAAGAUGGGUAUUGCGAUUAGAAUUGCUUCUCCAAAACUGGUCAUGGAGGAAGCACCGGAAUCUUAUAAAAGUGUAGACGACGUUGUAAAUACGUGUGAUGCCGUUGGAAUCUCGAAAAAAUGUAUUAAAUUGAGGCCAAUCGCAGUUAUAAAAGGAUAAGACUAGUUAUAGCAUACUACUUAAGCUCUAAACAUCACAUCGUUUAUAUUGUCUAAUCGUACGAUAAUGAAAUAAUGUAACAAAGAAAGUCACAUCGUUAAUAUUAUCUAAUUGUAUGAUAAUAAAACCAGGUAACGAAGAAAGUCAAGACUGGAGUAGUGAUAAUUAUUGUUAUUUUCAAUUAUUCGAAAUAAUUGUAUUAAUUUUUUUUAAUUUAAUAAAUUACGAUCA